AUGCUGGGUUUUCCCACUAGAACAAACACGCAGUAGUUUGUCAUAAUAUGACUCAGGGUGACGGCUUCCAAACUGUCUGAAACGAAAAAGUCAGGGUAUACAGGAAUUUAUCUCACAACUCACUCUGGAUUUCCACCAACCCUGAUCUGUGAAAUGGAGAUCGGACGAUAAAGACCUUAGAAACCUGAGAAAGACAGCUUUGGCUUAUGAAGUUCCUCAACUUUAAAGCGACUGUGACCAACAUCAGAGCAGAUUCUUCUGGUUCUUCCAUCCUGAAGGUUAGAGGCUGAGCCGACUAUAGGAUCGAAGCAGAUCUACACCAGAGGUUGCAGCGUCUCCCUGUCUGACGCUGCCGAUAGAGGAGGACAACGCUGACUGAGUGUGAGGACAUCGACUGUAAUCAGCAUGGCAACGUCAUCACCAGAACCCAAUGAAAAAUGUUCAAUGGCCCUUCUGAACAUAAAUGGCCUUAGAAACAAAACCGAUGAGAUUCGAUACAUAAUUGAAAAACAUAAGCUCCAUGUUCUGGCUCUGUGUGAAACUAAAAUAGACUCCAAAGUUAAAGACAGUGAAGUUUACAUAAAAGGUUUCAGGAUGUGGAGGAAGGACAGGACCAAUUAUGGAGGUGGUGUUGCUCUGUAUGUUCAGGAUCAUAUUGAAACUACAUUAAGGUCCGACCUGAUGGAGACUGAAGCUGAGAUCAUUUGGGUUGAGAUGAAGCUUCCUGAAAGAUCAGUCUUAGUGGGAAGUUGCUACAGACCGCCAAAUGAUGAUUUAGGUCUAAUUGAAAUCUAUCACACCAUGACUUUGGCGUCAAAGGAGAAGAUUAAGAGAGGCAUUUUUCUGAUGGGCGACUUAAACAUUUACUGGAAUGAUGAGCUGGUGGAAAACACUCCCAAAGCUAUAUCUGUACUGGGGUUAACUCAGGUUGUGAAGGUUAAAACCAGGUAUAAUUUAAAAUCCUCCUCAUCAACAUGCAUUGAUCACAUUUAUACUAAUGUUCUAGAGUUGUGCUCAGAACCAGAAUCCACUGCAACAGGUUGCACUGACCAUAACCUCAUUACCUUCACAGUUAAGAGUAUGAAUAUUCCUCAAAGGAUCAGAAGGUCAAACAAAGAGUUUGAUCAAAACCAGUUUAAAGAAGACAUGAAGGCAGUUCAAUGGAGGGAUGUGCUGACAGAGACUAAUCCUACAAAAGCUCUGUCCAAAUUUACUGAGAAGUUUCUUUCAGUGGCAAACAAACCUGCUCUGUUACAGACCCAAGAUGUUUAUGAUUCCCUGAGGCUAAACGAAGAGUUACGAACUGUGAUAUCUGACAGGGAUAAAAUAAAACAGGCUGUAAUAGAAAGGAGACAACCAUGGGAAAAAAUAAGACUUUUGGCGUUGAAGAAAAGAGUUUCAACACAUAGUCAGAAGGAUCAGAAAGCUUAUUUUGUCCAGGAAUUUGAGAAGGCUAAAACUGAUUCUAAAGCUUUAUUAAAAGUAUUUCUAGAGUAUUUCGGAGAGAGUUUGCCUGUUCGUGUGAUCAACAUAACAAAAAAGGGAACUGCAACCUCAGAGGCAGGACCUCUGGAUUUUAUCCAUCAACCGUACUCUGCUUUAGAGUUUGUGGCUGAAGGUUCUCAGGUCCAGAACAACAUGCAGGAAGAGGGACCACAACAAUUUAGCUUUAAAGAAAUUGAUGCUGAAACAGUGAGGACAUUAGUGAUGCAUUUCUGUGACCAUGCGGCUCAUGGAAUAGAUGAAACUGAGGCUGACAACAUCUCUGAUUCCAUCGGUCACAUCCUGAAUAGAUGCUUCUCCAGCAACAAGUGUCCUUCUCAGCUCAAAACCUUAAAGAAAAAUAUUCAUUUCAGGGAGAACAGCAAUAUUGACAGUGUCCAUGUUAUGUUAGCUUCAAUCUUUGAUUUAAUUCUCUUUCAACAGGCCAAAAAACACUUUAUUGAUAAUAGCUUGAUCCCCUCGCCAUCACUGGAUGAAGAAAUCAAGGAAAUAAAAAGUAAUUGGGACACAAUGACUAUAAAAGGGAAAAGAGUUCAAGCUGUGUUUUUGGAUUUCAGUUCUUCCUUUGACACCAUCAGUCAUGACCUACUGAUGGAAAAGCUGACAACUUCUGGUUUCUCAGAUUCAGCUCGUUCUCUGACAAAAACCUUUCUAUCCAUCCGUAAAGGUUCCCGUGGUCUGCCUCGACAAAGCUUCCUCGCUCGACUGCUCUUCACCGUCUUUAUCAAUAAUCUCAGGAAGGUCUUAGAAACAUCCUCUUCUGCGGUCUGUGACAGUUGCAUCAUGAUUUACUGUGCAGAUACAGACACUGAGAAGUUAAAGACAGUGUUAGAUAAUGAAGUAGAAUCAGUGCAUAAAUGGGCCAAAGGAUUCAGUUUUACAUUUACUGAAACCAGACCAGAACCACUCAAAUGUAGGAAGAUAUCAGACAUUUACGACAUCCUUGAUUCUCUGUUAAUAUGUCAUCAAGAUCAAUUAAACUGGAUCAGAGCAUUGGAGAAGAUAGUGCAACUCUCUGAUGUUUGGUACAAUCAUAAGGUCAAAGAAAAAAUUGGGGAUUAUUUUGGUAAGAGACGGUUAGGGAAAGUUGGGGAGAGUGUAAUAAAUUCCCUGCUGCUGUUUCAACCAGAGCUCAGAGAUCUUUAAGGUUGUGUUAACCUAUAGACCUGUUCUCGGUCUCCCCUGGUUCUUUUAUCUGAUAAUGUGGUGUUUCUAUUGUAAACUUCUGUAGUAGUAAAAAGACUAUUUAAACCGUAAUUAGAUUUUACCAUAUUUAAUCUAAAAGGCAAAAGGAUGUUUACAGUUUCAGUACUGGGUUCUCAUAACAACACAACGCAACCGGUACCUGAAAACCCCGUUUGUUCUCUCACACAGACAUUAAAUAGGAAACAUUGUGUCCACCCAUUCAGGGGCGUGUCUGACUCUGUGCCUUCAGGGUCCUUUUAUCUGUUAUUGCCAUGGCAACCAACUUUGCAGUCCAGUCUCUGUAAUCUCAUAAUCUCUUACAGUUGUGCUGAAGUCAUAAAGGUUAGUUUCUUCUUAGCUUGUUUCCUUUAGCAAGCAGAACAGAUGAGAAAAAUUGACCAUUUCUUUACUUAUCUAGUUUUGAACUAUGUGGCUCUAAAUAUUCUUGUUUUUUCUGGUUAUUUGUAUCUCUUUCUUUUAUUUUACAGAAUAAAACUAUAAAACUUUCUAUGAAUAAAAAUAAUGACAGUAAACACAAUUAAAACAUUGUUCAAUAUGUGAUAUAAACUUCGUAUAGAAGCGUCUAGGGCAUAUAAACUCUGUCAUGGAGUUAAAUAGACUGCCUCUAAAUAUUCAUUUUCUGUAUUAGAGAUUCAUAAUUUCUGUUUUAGCUCAAUGUUUAUCUUUAAUUUUAGACUGAAUCAAACAUAUCAUGCAUAUAACUACUUUGCUUUAUGUACAAUGUCAUUGUUUUUUUCAUCUGUUAUAAUUAGCAGAGUAUGUUAAAAAUGGCUAAUCUGCAUUUUGUUAGCUAUACAGCUCUUCUUUUAGUAAAAUGGUUUUAUUUCAGUU